AUGGCAGCUCCCGCUGAACACGUUGAUCCAGCUCUCACUGAAGCAGAUCCUCCAGAAACGGACCAAACAGAAGCUCCAGGGACCAGCAAAGAGGCAGAAACGGACCCAGAUGAGGAUGGGGAUGAAGAUGAGGAUGGAGGAGAGCCAGCCGGGCCAAAGAUCACAGAGACACCACCGGACAUCCAGCUGGAGGCGUUCGCCAACACGGUGGCUGUGCACCCGAGCAGGGACAUGCUGGUGUGCGGGGACGUGGACGGGGACGUGUACGCCUUCUCCUACUCCUGCACGGAGGGGGAGACCAAGGAGCUGUGGUCGUCCGGACACCACAUGAAGUCUUGCAGGCAGGUGCGUUUCUCUGCAGACGGGCUCCAGCUGUACAGCGUCUCCAGGGACAAGGCCGUCCACCUGCUGGACGUGGAGAGGGGACAGCUGGUCACCAGGAUCCGAGGGGCCCACGGAGCUCCCAUCAACAGCCUGCUGCUGGUGGACCAGAACAUCCUGGCGACCGGAGACGAUGGAGGAACCCUGAAGGUGUGGGACAUGAGGAAAGGUACGUCCAUCAUGGAGGAGAAACAACAUGAGGAUUACAUCAGUGACAUCGCUGUGGACCAGGCCAAGAGGAUCCUACUUACUGCCAGUGGAGACAGUACCAUGGGCGUCUUCAACAUCAAGAGGCGGCGGUUCGAGUUGCUGUCGGAGGGCCAGAGUGGCGAUCUGACGUCGGUGGCGCUGAUGAAACGGGGAAAGAAGGUGGUUUGCGGCUCCAGCGAGGGUACCAUCUACAUCUUCAACUGGAACGGAUUCGGAGCCACCAGUGACCGCUUCGCCAUCAAGGCCGAGUCGGUGGACUGUAUCGCCCCAAUCACCGACAACAUCAUGUGCACUGCCUCCAUGGACGGGUACAUUCGGGCCAUCAACCUCCUUCCUAACCGGGUCAUCGGCUGCAUCGGACAGCACGUUGGCGAGCCCAUCGAAGAGCUCGUCAAGUCCUGGGACUCCCGCUUCCUGGUCAGCUGUGGCCACGACCAGCUCAUCAAGUUCUGGGACAUUUCCACUUUACCCAACACAACUGUCAACGAAUACCGAAAGAGGAAGAAGAAAGACGGACGGAUGAAGUCUCUCACCAAGAAAGCCCACGGAGAAAACGACUUCUUCUCAGGACUUGUAGAGGAAUCUGAGAAAAAGGAGGAAGGAGGAGGAGAAGAAGAAGAGGAGGACGACGAUGACGACAGUGACAGUGGCAGCGAUUAAAAAGCAAUUUCAUGUUGCUUUAUGUUUGAGUGGAGUUGGCGCUGUGCCUAUGGACAGUUUGAUCCUCAAUAAUGUAUGUCUGCUGUUUGAUGGAGGAUUUCAACCAAAGUGCCUCACAAUGUCCUGAGGGUGAACGUUGGCUUGGCUUACACUGAGCCUCUGAUCUCUUUACUGUUGGCGCCUCAUUUUAGAGACGUUGAACCAGAAAACAAAUGAGAAUAUGAGGUUAAAGGCCAAAAUAUAUGGUGGAAUAAACAGUGAAUGUCCCAGAAGUGUAUAAACUGUGCUUCUAAAAUAUGCAUACUGACGAAGAGUAUGACACUGACAGAAAUUAUCAGACAUUAA